GGGGAGGGGGGCCUUAGGGGAAGUUAGAGCAAAACACAAGAGACUGAUAGCAUUAGAGCUGGACAUGAAGCAGAGCAGCUGUCAUUUGUGAAAGCUCUGCGUCCGUCCAGUUGGUCUAUCAAGAAGAAGAAAGCAGAGAUGGGACACGCAAGCACCUGCAAAACAAAAGUUUGAAUGUCUGAAGCAAGGACCUCGAAGCCAGGAUUACUCAUCUCCUUGUGCCUCCUGGAGCACUAUGGGUAUACAGCGUGCUCAGAGAGCAUCUCUAGCUCUCACACUCAACUAUGUGGCGUUCGCCUUGGCAGUCUCGGCCGUCACCACCAGCUACUGGUGUGAGGGGACCAGGAAGGUGGUCAAGCCUUUCUGCAUGGGGCCGGUGAAAGUCAAGCAGACAUACUGCAUCCGCUUCAACAGCUCCAACAUUAACGACACGCGGCUGGUGCAGUACAUCUAUGAGACCGGAGAGGAGAAGUUCCUCAUGAGGAAGUUCCACGCAGGCAUCUGGUUCUCUUGCGAACAAACCAUGGACUUACUAGGAUUUAACUGUAGGAGCUUUUUAGAGAUUGCGCCAGACCAUGAAAGAGGAGUGCUCUGGCUGUGUAUUGUGGCUGAGUGUCUGUACAUUGCUCUGCUGUUCACUGGUGGAGCUCUGAUGGUCAUAGAAAUGUGUCCAUGCUUUAACAUGAUCAACAGACUCAAGCUCAAUGCCUUUGCAGCUGUGUGCACCGCUCUCUCAGGCCUUUUCGGGAUGGUUGCACAUAUGAUGUUCACCACAGCUUUCCAGCUGGCUGUCCAAUUGGGUCCAGAAGACUGGAGACCUAAAACAUGGGACUACAGCUGGUCCUAUCUUCUGGCAUGGGGCUCGUUCGGUACCUGCAUGGGCUCGGCGGUCACGGCACUAAACCAUUACACCAAAACUAUCAUUGAGUUUAAAUUCAAGCGGAGGACCAUUGAGAAGAAACUGCGCAUCAAGCAGAUUCUGGAGCUGGAUGAACCAGAAGACUUAUGGUACAUCACUUCAUUGCAAGAGCAAGCAGACCAACACGCUGCUCUGUAUGUAAAUGGCACUGAACCGCCCUGCAUCAACUCCACAAUACUGGACAAUUGGGGCAGAGCAUAUUGCUGAAAACUUGUGAAGGACACUACUCUUCUUCAGCAUAGACAUUUUUGUGCAUUUAUAUCAUAGGGCUUCUGUCAAGAGAGCAGGAUAUGGACUAAAGUUAUUUUGCAGUGCCAUAACUGUUCUGACAAGACUUGCUGUGCUAUUGUGAAUCUUGUUCAUAGGCUGAUAACUGAGGUUUAAAGUAAUGUUCUGAGUUUAAAAAAAAACAAGUUAAUCUUUAUCAACAGCAACUUUCUCAUCACAGAAUAUAAUUCAUGCUGAAACAAGGCUGACAUUCUUGACAAAAACUUUGACAGAAAUAGUUUGACAUCUUGAAUUAGUACUUUAGGAAAAAAAA